GACCGGGAAUUAGGCGUCGCGACGCCGCCCCCACGACGCCCGAUAACGCUCGACGACGCGUCGUUCGCCCCGUGUGCACCAGGAAGUGUCCAAGACGAACAUCUGGCGCACUACCUGAUCGUGCUGGUGGGAAGUUACUUCGCGUUUUAGUGCUUUUUUUUGUUUAAUGUGUUUAACCAGUCCAGGAAUAUUAUACAUGCACCAUAUAACUGCAUCUAUAGGGUGUGUCUAUAAUGGAUAACCGGGAGAAUGUGAUUUUCUAUAGUGACUUUAGGACAAAACGGCGUUAAAAGCGUUUAGUGUGGCCGCACCAUGUUUCCCGGGUGUAUAAGAGCCCCGAGGAGUAUACAGGGCUCCACCGACGACAUUACCAAGCAAACAAAGUCAAUUGUGCAGAUUUAUACCGAUUGGGCGAACCACUACUUGGAGAAGGGUAAAAGUAAAAAAAGGGUCAGUUCUUUGGCCACGGAUUGCAGCGACGGGGUUUUAUUAGCGGAAGUUAUCGAGUCAGUCACCUCCCAAAAGAUCGCCGAUAUCAACAGAAAGCCAAAGUCACCCUCACAAAUGUUGGAUAACAUCAACUUGUGCCUGUCCACCCUCCACUCGCAACACGUCCAAGGGAUCGAGGGCAUCGCCGCCCAAGAAUUGCGAGAUGGCAAACUGAAGGCCAUUCUGGCGCUCUUCUUCGCCCUCUCGCGCCACAAACAGGCAACAAAAGCCCGCCAACAGCAAGACAUGACGCCCAACAGAUCGUCGGCGAUUCCUCAUAAGGGCGGUACCGCAACCAGUGCCAUACCGUUGCCGGGCAGUGCGCUGCCGGCCCGACGAUGUCCCCCGGACAAGGUACGACCGGUCGCGGGCUCCUCCAGGGCUCCCAGCCCCGCCCUCAGUAUGAUCCCCCGGGGGCCGCCCGCCGCCCCUCCUCAGAUCUCCAGCCCCUAUCAGACACCGACGGCCGCCCCUAAGAAUUCUACCGUCACUCAGAACGGUUCCAUGUUGGAUAAAUUGAAAUUGUUCAAGAAUAAUGAGAAGACUAGUGCUAAUACAAAUGGCAAGAGGACAAGCUCAUCCAGUGGGGUGUCGUCGGCUAAAAGUGAAAGAAGUGACAGCAGUGCCUCCCUGGAUGCCAACCCCGAACACAAACCAGCCAAAAACAUAUCCAGAAUUAAACAGACUUCAAAACCGACCAAUAAUACCCCUAGUAUUAAGACCCAGAUUCAAAAGAAUAGUCCAAGUCCAGCCAAAAAGGUCCAAAAUGGGGGCCCCAAAAUGGCCACGGAGGUAGAAAAACAUGCCAACAAAGUGGCCCAGUUAUCAGCGGGUAGCAAACUGGCCGAGCCGAAAGUCAGAGUGUCAGCCCUCAAUAAGGAUGUGAAGUCAUCGGGUGUUCAAAGUGGAAAUGGCACUGGAAUACCCAAACCCACCCUGGCGGUCAAAGGUACCACAAAGUCUUCCUCUUCUAACAUUCCCCUGCACCCAGCAUCGAAACCGCCGACCAUAUCACGUGAACCGUCACAACAUUCCUUGUCCAAUCACAAACCGGCUGUGGCCAUGGUAUCACCGAUGAAGUGCGAGAAGGACACCAGUACUACUAAUGUGACAAAAGAGCAGCCGCUGUCAGAGAGCAGCGCCUCUACCGGCCCCUACAGUAACUCCAGCGACAGUUCCUCGGUGAUUUACCGGCCGUCAAGCGAGAGCAGCUGUUCCGAGAACGUCCAUAAUCCGAUUCCCAAUAGGCAAGAACCAUUGACUUUUCUAUCGGAACCUCCGCACAUCCCCCACCCGCCCCUAGAGCCGUUGAAAGAAGCCCCCCAGGAGGCCGAGAGUCCGAUAAAGUCCAAAGUGAUGACGUCACCGACGACCCAACCGAGACUCACCACCACCAUCCCCAACCAUAUCAGACAAACCAUCAAGUCGAAAGUGGGCGAGGGAAACGUGUUAGAAAAGGACAAGAAUAUUGUCAGCAUGAAACAUAUUAGGGAGCAGAGUUACGUGGCGAAACAGCAGCAGCAGCAGCAGCACCAUCUGGACGAUUUUCCGGAUAAUAUGGCGAGUUUCGCGAUGGACGUGAAGAUUAACGGGGCGGUCAAAGAGGGCGGCGGUGAAAAUUUAAGUAUAGAACCGAUGCGGCCGUUGCUACGGGGUUAUUGCAGCACUUUAACGUUACCCGGGCGGCAAAGGGGCGGCUACAAUAGGGCGACCGACGGGGAUUAUUGCGAGAUCUCGUUGGCCAACGGAUAUUUAUCGGAAAGCGAGAUCCUACGCGGGUCAAACCCCAUGGACAUACCGGACGGUUACUUAUCGGAGGGCGGAUCGGUUUUGUACUCCCGUAGGUUACAAAAUAUACCCCAAAACAACGGGUCCGGCCUCACCGUGUUAACGGAACAGUCGUCCCGAAGGGGCGGGACGUCCAGGGACUCGCCGCCGCCGCCGCCCCCUCCCGCCCCCCGCGGCUCGUCAAAGUCGCAACGUAACUGCGGUACCGCCACCUCAAACUCAACCGCCGAGUCCUCGAAACAUUCGUCGUCAUCCUCAUCGUCGAACGGGCACCACCACUGGAAGCGGUACGGCGACUCGCCGGGGGUGGGAAGUCCGCCCCCGCCCGCCCCCGGCAGUCCCACCUCCAACCGGCGGGAGCGGCGCGGCAGCCCGCACGGUAAAGAAAAGGGCGGCGGGGGCGGUAGUAAGGGGGUGCGGGGCGUUCCGCAGAGUUUCGGAUAUGUGAAGAGAAACGGGAGCGGUAACGGUGGUAGCGGGGCGGCCAAUGGUGCGGGACAAGGUAUUCAAAAUCACAAUGGAAAAACCGCGUCCGUAUCAGCGGUCCCACGCACCAAAGUCAAAGUUUCCGGAGGUACCCAAACGUGUUCAAGCGAUUUACAACAAUCAAACAAACCUUCUCCGCCCCAAUUUAAGUCGUACUCGUUGACCGGCAACACCGCCAAUCAACUGUCGCAGUCGGUAAGGGAGCGUCUCAUGAUGGGUUCGCAGAGUUUGCCGAAAGGGGGCGUCCAUCAGGAGUACGGUCUCGUGAUGAGACAGAUGCGACCGAAAGCGAGCGAUGGAUCGUUGAGCGAUACCCAGGCCAUCGAGAAUUGUAGUCCUUAUGCCCCUUGGUUACGUCACAGUAAUACUUACUCGGUGGCGCCCCGACUGUCCGAAACCGAUAGCAUGGAGAGCCUUACCAGUCUUCCAGGUCACAGAAGUAGCCUUACACACGCGCGCCUUCUUAGGGAUUCGCCCUCGCGGCUCAGUCGCAGCAAUAGCAUAAGCUAUCUUCGAGACCGGACAUUUCCCAGAUCAACCAAAUCCGAGAAACUGUAUCCCUCCAUGUUGCAUAGGAACACGGAACCGGAAACGGAACCGUACUACUGUCUCCCUAUUGGGAGUUUAUCGCAUUGGUCACAGCCCACUAGUCCCGCUCCCGGUAAUGCCAGGACGUUCCCUCUCAGUCCCACGCAUGGCGGCACGCCCAGGCACAGUAUACCGAAAAAUGACGAACUUCAUGGUUCGUCGAUCAGCUUGGUGUCGACCGCAUCCAGUUUAUACUCGUCAGCGGAGGAGAAACAGGCUCACGAAAUCCGGAAACUACGGAGGGAACUGAGCGAGGCCCAGGAGAAAGUGCAUACGUUGACGUCGCAGCUCAGUACGAACGCCCACGUGGUUUCCGCCUUCGAGCAAAGCCUUACCUCGAUGACCCAGCGGUUGCAGCAUCUCACCUCGACCUCAGAGAAAAAGGACAGCGAACUCCAAGAGCUCCGACAAGCGAUGGAGUCCCUGCGGGCGCAAUCGAUCCAGGCGGGAAUCGGAUCGGGUCUAGCGCGUCAACCGAGUUCCGAUAGCGUAUCAAGUCUCUCGUCCGCCUGCUCCCUGGACAAACAAGAGAAGAAAAAGAAGAAGGGCUGGCUACGGAGCAGUUUCACCAAAGCGUUCAGCCGAAACGCCAAAGUGACCAAAGUCCAGUCGAGUCAUAGCGAGGGUGAGAACGAGCGACAACACAGUCCCCCGCCUCCCGCCCCGAUCGAUCAGGGCCAAGAGGUGGUGGAGCUACAGAAGCAAUUGAGAGAGAAGGAUAUGGUGUUGACGGAUAUCCGAUUGGAGGCGCUCAGUUCCGCUCAUCAAUUAGAGAGUUUGAAGGACACCGUGAUGAAAAUGCGCAGCGAGAUGCUCAGUUUGAAGCAGAACAACGAGAGGUUGCAAAGGAUGGUGAGCGGCACGGGGAGUAUUCCCUGCGGGGAGCUUACGACCGAGGCCAGAUCGAAUUCGUCUUUGGACGCUCUCAGUGAUCUCAUUCCGACCGAUGAGCCGACGACCGAGGUGGAAAACGAUGGGAAACGAGUCGCUAUUUCGGUGUAUUUGGGGCAACCGCAGGGGUUCGAUAGGUACUAUCUUGAAAACUACGGUUAUGACGGUAAAGGAUCCUCCCAAAACAAUUCCGCUGAAAUAGCGAUAGCGUACACGAACAUCGGAGCGUCCACCGGUUGGGGCCAAUUAGACAACAGCGUACGAAGGGCGUUUAAGCAAUACGUUGCCAGAUUGGAUCCCGGGGGUGGUUUAGGGUUGGGCAGCGACUCGAUAGCCAGUUAUAAGUUGGGUGAGGCGGAAAGGAAACCGGAUACUGGCCCGCCGGACCUUUUGCCGGUCGGUUAUGCCGUGGGGAGAGUUACGGCAGUACAUGUGGUUCUUCAGCCAGUGGCGGCGUUGGCGUUUGAAGCGUUGAUUCCUAAAGGGGUGGCGCAAAGGUUGGUGUCCUUAUUGUCGGAGCACCGGCGGUUGGUGUUAUGUGGUGCUCCUGGAACUGGUAAAACCCAUUUGGCAACGCGGCUCGCAGAGUUCCACGCGCAGAGUUUAGGGAGGGAUCCGCAGGAGGCCGUGGCCACUUUCAAUGUGGACAACAAAUCGGCCAAAGAAUUACGCCAGUACCUGCAGCACCUGUCCGAGCAAGCGGCCUCCGGGGACAACAGCGUCCUGCCGUGCGUAGUCGUCCUGGACAAUUUACACAAGGCGGGCCCCCUAGCGGACGCAUUAGGCAGCUUACCCAGAAACUUACCCUGCUUACUGGGAACGAUGGCGCAGAGCGCCUGUUCCGCCACCAGUUUACAACUGCAACACGGAUUUCGGUGGGUAUUGGUGGCCCCCCAUAUGGAACCGGCCAGGGGCCUGUUGGGGCGCGUGCUCCGAAGACGUUUGGCCGCCCUGGAACUGGAACAGGGACCGCAGCCGGAAUUGGCCGCCAUUUUAGGAUGGUUGCCGAGGGUGUGGCAGCAUUUAAACGCCUUCUUGGAGACGCAUAGUAGUGGGGAUGUGGCCAUUGGACCCAGAUUGUUCCUCAGUUGUCCGUUGGAACUAGACGCAGCGCGUGCUUGGUUCGCCGACGUAUGGAACUACUCCCUGGCCCCGUACCUUCGAGAGGCGGCCCGCGAAGGUUUACAACUGUACGGGCGUAGGGCCUCCUGGAACGACCCGGCACAAUUUAUCCUGGACAGUUACCCUUGGCCGGGAGCACCUCCUCAAGGAUUAACCACCAUCACCGCGAAAGACGUGGGACUGGAAAACAACCCGAACGCUCAAGCGGAAAGUGACGGAGAUCCGCUCUUAAAUAUGCUGAUGCGGCUUCAAGAAGCCGCGAAUUAUUCGAGUCCACACUCGAACGACUCGGACUGUAACAGUUUAGACUCGAAUAUGACGCACGGGAGCAGUAACGUGGGCACGGAGAGUGUCUCGUAGCAUAUGCGGGACAGGGAAAGUUUUACGCUUGAUUAGGAGAUUGAAGCCUUAGGUGCUCGGUUUUUGUAAGAAAUGGGGGAUAAAUUGUAACGGAAUCCUGGAUUAAUGCAUUGUUUACGCAAGGUACUACUUAAUGGUCAUUAAAAAUUGUUCUCAAGUAACUUGGAUCAUAAUUCCACUUCUAGUGCUCAGAUCAACUUUAUGACUAUUUUAAAAGUUUCUUUGGAAUGUUCUUAAGCUACUACCGAAAAAAUCACGAAAAUUCAUGAAUGGGAAUAAUUUUUAUACAAAUUUUUGUAAAUCAUGUCCAAGAGGAAAAACAGUCUCAGGUAACAUGGAUCAUAACUUCACUUCUAGCGCCCAGCACGUCUUGAUUUUUACUUUAAAAUUCUCUUUGGAAUGCUCUUAAACUUAAUUAAAAAAAUCACGAAAAUCCAUGCGUUAGAAUAAAAUGUAUCCACGUUUUUUUAAAUCACGUCACUUUUGGUGCUCAGAUCAGAUGUUGAAGCCUCCUCCAAACAGUUCAGGCAUAUUAACAAAUUUGAUAUCACGGUUCUAGAAGCAAUAUUUCAAUUGUUUUCAAGCAUCUGAAGCUAUCUGCGUGAAAAAUAAUUUCGAUAUUAGAUCAGACAAAAAAAAAUUUUUUUUUUUUAAAACACAGUAGGUACUUCAACUGCCUCAAAUAAUGUACUAUUUAAAAUCAGUCUAAAUGUUUAGUGAGUCUUUGUUGUCAUUAAGUGACUCCCUCCCGUUUAUAUCUUCUUACUAACAAUAGAGUUAUAGUAUUUACAAUAGAGUAGUUAAGAAAGCUCAGGUCUUUAUUUGGUUAUAACGAACUGUCGAGUUUACGCAUUAAAGGCUCAAAUAUUAAGGGAUUUCUAACAAGGUUUCUCUUAAUCUCAAAAUGAGAUCUUUAGAGUAAAAGUUUUGUAAAUGGGUCAUGUAACUAACAUCCUAUUCUUGUAAGGGACAAAAAAUUCAUUGCUGCAAGAAUCUUUACUGUGUGCCAACGUCCCUUGAGUUUAAAAAAAGUUCUAUUUUCUCGACAAUCCUAUUGUGUUUGACUUAUUUUUGAAAUAUCUUGUUUAUUAUGUGGUUUAGGCAAAAAAGUAUAGAAGCUUUUUUGUCGGUCAUUAAAAUCUACAUCUUUUUUGUCUUUACUGAAUUUUUAUUAUUUCUAAUGAUCAGGGGCGUUUUUUUUUGAAAAUUCCCUCAGGAUCAGUGGGUUUUAAAACCGCAUUUCUCGGUAAAAACCGACAAUUUGUGGUCAACAUGAAUAUUAUAAUUAAUUUACAUUAAAAGGGAUUGUUUUAAAUGGUAGCAGUUUUUGAUUCAUGCUUCUAUUUUUAAAUAAUGAAAAUGUGUUCAAUAACUUUGAAAAUAGUCUAAGUGUAAAAAGGAAAUUUUAAUUUUUUUCAAAAUCUAUUGAUUUGUUCGGAAUUUUUGUUCUAAUCAAAAAUGUACUCUGUGGGUGGGUGUAUAAAGUGAUUUUCUUUAAUUCUUGUAUCUUUUUCUAAUAGUAAAAAAGUUAUCAAGAAUUUUGAUAAACAACUAAAUGCACCAUUUCCUAAUAAAACCUAACAAUUUUUCAAAAUCCUUAUCUUUGUUCCGAAUGUUUAAAUAAUUUAACUCACCCAGGAAACAUCCUGUAUACAUUCCAAUUUAUUGUAACCAGUUUUACCGUCUAAUAUCGGCCUAAAUUUUAACAUAAAAGCCAUUAAAGGCACACAUUUAUCGUUUAUAUAUUUUUAUUUAUUCAGAGCAUUAGAAAAGCUAAUACACAUAACGUAUUACUUUUAUGUGUUACGCGAACAUUUAUUUGAUUAUUGUAUUCAUCCAGGAUUUUCGCAUGAAAGUUUUUAUAUGCGCUGCAGUCAGUGUGAACACAGAUUUCAAACGUUCCCUUAUGGAUCAUUAAGACUUCCACCCUUAAUCAAGGAAAAAAAUCCUUUUUUCACGGUCAAUUCACAUCGAACGACCUAAAAAAACCGAUAAACAAAAACACAAUCGUUUCACGUAGAUUUAAGUACCACCCGACUAUAACCAAGUGCUUCACUUUUAUACCUUUGCGGUUUCGUUUUUUAAGACGCAGUACGAAAAUGAAUUAUGAGAAAUAUUACUGCACACCAGGGAUUUCAUUAAUUGUUCCUGAGGAAGUCAUUGAGCGAAAACACUUAUAAAGACAAUUAAUGGACCACCCUACUAUAUUGUGCUGUUUGUUUGUUGUAUAACUUAUCAAGUAAAGAAUGAAUGUUGCUGUAUAAACAAGCGGUAUUUAAAAAACUACCGUAUAUAAUGUACCUAUAACAAAAUAAUAAAAAAAACUAUAUUUUGAGACAAGUGUAUUUGUGUAACAGCUUUUUAUACGCGCCCUUUUUGUGCAAUUAUUCUAACCUAAGAUAUUGUUAAGGUUUUGUCUCUCUCUUGGGUAGAACAAUAUUUGCCUUGUUAGACAAGGAUAAGAACUGUACGCUACGCAGUUUUCGUUUUUUUUUUUUAAUUAUUUGUCUGUGUUUAUGAGUAUUUCUGGUCAAAAUAACCCGAUAAGUAUUUAAUGUAAAUAAUUUAAUUUAAAAAGAAAUAUCCCUUGUUUAUAACGUUUAUUUGUACCGCGAUAAUAUAGUAAUUUUAUACAAAUUGUAAUAUAAAAACUACCAAUAAAUUAUUUAUCUUGA